UUUUUCCUUUAUCUCUCUACAGUGACUCGAGUAAAUGUUCCAGGCAUUCCAUCCGCUGGCAUGACGCCUGCUUCCCCUGUCAUCCGCCGUUCCAGUGAGCCCCAGCUGUGCCCAGGAAAUGGCACCAAACCACCUAGUGAGCCAAGCAACAGCGUCCACCCCACCCCUUGCCAUAGCUACCGCCAGGCUUCCCCAUCCCCAUCCCUCAACAGCUACAGUGACCUGGACUCUGGCCACUACUGCCAGCUUCAGCCACCCAUAAGGGGCAGCCGAGAACGUGUGGCACCUGAACCCCCAACCCACCUCGGUGGGGUCAAGAGCUAUGUAGAACGGCUGAAAGUGGAAGAAGGACAGCACUUGACGGCUGGGCGGGCACCGGAGAAUGGACCCCAUGAAGGGGACCAGGGCGGAGGCUUCAUACUGCCUGUCAUAGAGGUGACUUCUUCCUUCAACCCCACCACCUUCCAGUCACUACUGAUUCCCAAGGACAACAAACCCUUGGAGAUGAGCAUCCUUAAGAAGGUGAAAGAACUGCUUGCUGAUGUGGAUGCCAAGACGUUAGCCCGGCAUGUCACCAAAGUCGACUGUCUGGUUGCUAGGAUACUGGGCGUUACCAAGGAGAUGCAAGGGCUCAUGGGAGUCCGCUCGGGCAUGGAGCUACUAACACUCCCCCACGGUCGGCAGCUCCGACUGGACCUGCUGGAACGGUUCCACACCAUGUCUAUCAUGCUGGCUGUGGACAUCCUGGGCUGCACAGGCUCCACGGAGGAGCGGGCGGCCCUGCUGCACAAGACCAUCCAGCUGGCGGCCGAGCUCCGAGGAACGAUGGGCAACAUGUUCAGCUUUGCUGCAGUCAUGAGUGCCUUGGACAUGGCCCAGAUCUCACGACUGGAGCAGACCUGGAUGACCCUGCGUCAGCGGCACACAGAAGGGGCCAUCCUGUAUGAGAAGAAGUUGAAGCCCUUCCUGAAAAGCCUCAAUGAGGGCAAAGACAGCCCGCCUCUGAGCAACACGACCUUCCCUCAUGUGCUACCCCUCAUCACCCUUCUGGAGUGUGACACUGCACCCGCAGAGGGCCCAGAGCCCUGGGAAAGCACAGAGCAUGGCGUGGAAGUCGUCCUUGCACACUUGGAGGCUGCCCGCACCGUAGCCCAUCAUGGGGGCCUAUACCACACCAAUGCUGAGGUCAAGCUUCAAGGAUUCCAAGCCCUCCCAGAGCUUCUGGAAGUGUUCAGCACAGAAUUCCAGAUGCGCCUUCUCUGGGGUAGCCAGGGGGCGGCCAGCAGCCAGGCCCUUCGCUAUGAGAAGUUUGACAAGGUCCUCACCGCCCUCUCCCACAAACUGGAGCCUGCCGUCCGUUCCAGUGAGCUGUAGCCUUCCUGUGCUUCCCAUCACCCCAAUACUCCUCACCCUCAUGGCUGCAGGCAGCAUUUGGGGGGAGGAGAAAAGGGGAGAGACAGAUAUCCCCUGCAGGCCUGGGGCUGGACACAAACCAAAACCCUUGCAAUACAGAAAGCAGCCAGACUGUCCAAAUACACACUGGAGGCAUCCACCUGAGGGAUGUGGGGUUGUUAGAGCCUUUGGGACUUGGAAAGGGCCGUGUAGUGCCCAGGACAGUCCCCUACUUCAGCCCUCAUUCCCUCCCUAGUACCCUGACCGACACUGUUCAAGGAAUACCUCCUAAGCCUUUCCUCUGGUGUAUUCACCAGCUUCCCUGAGCACCUGUGAUGGUCCUCGACAUUGCUCCCAACCUACUCCCCUAUAUUUGCCCUUACACGUUCACUGGGCCUCCUGAGAGGAAGGCCCCAGUGCCCCUCCCUCUCACUCCUUCCCUUACUUCUCCUUCAAUUCUUCCCCACUCCCCUGUCCCCCAUACUUCAGUUGGAGUCCCUUUUAUUCCUGACUCUGGGCCUCCGUUUCCCUCCCUCUCUUCUUCCUCUCCCGGGAAGAGGCUCAAUUUUGCUGUAAAUAAGUCGAGUUCAUUCUGUAAAUAGAUGUACAGAUGUUGUGUUCUUUCUUUCAUACAAUAAACCUUUCUGGAUCUUC